AUAGAAUGAUCUCUCUCUCUCUCUCUUCCGAUCUGUUCUUUCUACCCAAAGUAGCGGGAGCGAAUAGUAAAACAACAAUGUCCGAUCACCACCACCACCACCACAACCACCACGUGCGGCUGAACCGCCUCCGUUCAACCACCCAGCUCCUCCGUCAAACCACAGCUUCCUUCUCCACCCACCCACUCACUUUCAUCUUCCUCACUUCCCUCCUCUUCUCCUUCCACUCUCUCGUCGAUCAUUGCUCUCUCCUUUUAACCUCUUUCGUCGACACUGACCCUUCUCUUCGCUCUCUCCUCUCUCGUCUCCCUCUCAACUCUCACCCCCACGCGACUACGCGCUCCCACAAUCACCGCCGUGCUCCGUUUCUUCAGCUCACGCGCCUUGGUACCCUCGACGACGACUUCUUCUCCACAGACGAACACGAUCCUCACCGCCGAUCUCUUCAAGGUUCUUCUUUUCCUUCACCCAUCAACGCCACGACGGUGUUUCUCUCCGGAUUCGAGAGCAUUUCUGGCUUUUCUGGCCCUAUCGCCGAUAAUGGCCUUUUCCUCCCUCAGAUCAUUCGCACAGGAUUGGUCUUGCGGCAGCUUGAGAAGGACGAUCGUGGCGGCGAUGAAGAAGAAACGAAAUUGGAUGAAGCUGAGCACGAUCGUGAAACUGACGAGUAUGGCGAGAAGAAAGAUAAUAAAUUUGAGAGUUUUGUGGAUCUGAAGCUGUUUUUCAAAGGGCUGGAGCUAGGUCGUCGUGAUGCUGCGGCUCUGUUCUUCCUCGUGAGCUUUUUAUCCGCUGCCUAUGGAUGGGUGAUUCUAGGGUUUACCACUGUUUACUCAUUGGUCCUGGCGAUUAUAUUUGUUACUGUAAUCAACGAUUUGCUCGGUAGGUUUCCUUCGUUUCUUGGGGUUGCUUGGACUGGUUCAAGAUUGGGGUUUAAGAGAGUUACAGGAUUUGUUUUGAUGAGAUGGGCAGUCAGAGAUGCUUUGACACAGCUUCUUGGUUUAUGGUACUUUGGAGAGGUUGAAGAUCAGUACUCGUUUUUCAGGCUUUUUGUGAGGUUAAAGCUGAUGCCUUUCACUGUUAUGCCCCCAUGGAUUAGAGGUUUCGAGAAGGAGAUAUCUGGUUUUUUGUUCGCUUGGUUUCUACUUGAUACGCUUGUUGGUUUAAUAUUAGCUGUUGAUGCUUUUGUUGCUAUUGUGGAUUCAAGAAGGAGGGGAAGGGAGAUAGUGAAGGAAGGUCUCUAUUUGAUAUCUCUCCUGUUGCAUCAGGCUGUGCAGCUUAAGUGUCUCGAAGCUAUUCUUUGUGGUUCUUUCUUCAGAUGGGUUCUGGUUCAAAACCUAGGGAAAAGCGUUGCUUCUGUGAUCCAAUCUGCGUUGGAAGUUUACUUCAUGGCGGCUUGGUUACUGUUCUACUUAUCAGCUAGGUGUAAAGAUGCGCACGCAGAAGGUAGGAGGUUUGGGAGGAGAGAAAUGGAGAACUUGAUUGAUGGGCUGAGAUGAUAAUAAAUUGUAGAUCUGUAGGAUGAUCUUUCGGGUUAUCAAAGGAGCAAACCUUAGCUUCGAUGUUCAAUGCAAGUGGCUAAAUCUGUGUGCCAGAAGUUGUCAUGCUUAGGUUCCUUUGGUUUUAGAAUUACAGUUGAUUGAUGAGAUUGCCAACAAUUCGAUGUAUGUACGCACUUAGGAUUACUUGUGAGCUGUUAAAAAGGGAGAAUGAUACGACUACUGUGUAUACUCAUUUGCAAGAUUUUCCUUUGUAUAUAUCUUGCUGCAGUUGUUGAUAUCAAUACCAUGAGGUGGUCAAUUUUUAUUUUCAUUUUAGGAAUGAUAAUAGAUCCAACUCUUUAAAUGUA